AUAUGGACCAUAUCAUAGGGCCAUAUUCCUCUCUUAAAAUGAUUCUUACAACUUUGUGAUCUCUUCAAAAUCUAGAGGAGAAAGCCAUUCUUUUCAUUCCUCAGAUCUUCAUUCUUGAGCUCUCUUCUUCUUCUUCUUCUUCCACUCCGAUUCAUUCUCAAUCAUACGAUGCUCGAAGAAACAAUACCUACGAUCUCAAGUUGGUUUACACCAACUUUUCUUUUUCUUGCCUUAAACUUAGUCAUUGGAAUCAUUGCUGUAACUUCUAGUUUUGGAUCCAAACACAAACAACAACAUCAACCACUACAACCACAACAUGACAGCAGAGGAUUUCAGCCGCCACCACCACAACAACAAGAAAGUAGAGGCGGAGGAGGAGGAGGAUCUAAUUAUCAACACCCACAACUAGUUAGAGGACCAUCAACAGUGAUUGAAAGACUCAAAUCUAUAAAUCUUUACCAUUUUAAAACAGAAGAUUUAAACCCAUUUUCUUCCAUCCAUACUUUUCAACAACCUGAUCCGGAACCAGUUUCUUCUGGCUUUGUCUCAUCACAAAACCACUAUGAGCCACCGCCACCACCGCAGCAGCAACAACAACGGCAACCAUUGGCUAGAGCUCCGUCGAUUUUGGACCGGUUGAAAUCGAUCAAUCUUUAUCAUUAUAAAGCAGAUGAUUUUAAUCCAUUUCAUUCGAAUAAUCAUCAUUUAGAGCAUCAUGAAGAGGAAACUGCUCAAUUAGAGAAAUUAUCUAGUUCCAAAAACUCCAAGAAUCGUGAUUUUCUUGAUCAUAGAGCUCUUGAGAAUAAGAAGAGAAAAGUGAAAGUAGUCCAACAACAUGACACUCAACAGAAACAAUCACCAAGAUCACCGGCUCAAAAACAGCGACCAACGGCCGCCGCGGCUCCAUUAGCUAGAGCACCGCCGCCGCCUCCGCAGUUAGCCAGAGCUCCAUCGAUCUUAGAACGUCUUAAAUCCAUUAAUCUCUAUCAAGAUUUCAUCCCUAAUUUUCAAAAGCAACCUGUAGAUCAACUCCCUGAAGAUGAUCAUGAUUUUCUUGAUCAUAGAACUCUUGAGAAGAAAAAGUCCGUGACGAAGACUCCGAUUACAAAGAAUAAGAAGAAAUUGAUGAGUGCAAAAUCAGAUGUUCUUGGUCAUUUUGGAGAGUUCGAUGCUCGUCAAGAAGAAGAGGAGAGGAGAUUAAACUUGACUGCGAAAGAAAAGAAGAGUCAAUCAAUGAAUGAUCAUCAUAAGAAAGAAUUUUCAGAUGAUGAAGAGGAAAGAGCUGUUGAUGAAGAAGUUGAUGCUAAAGCUGAUGAUUUCAUUAAUAGAUUCAAGAAUCAAUUGAAGUUACAAAGACUUGAUUCAAUUAUGCAAUACAAAGAUUUGCUCACAAACAAAAAAUAGAAGUAUUAAUUAUAGAUAUUAUUGUUAAUUAAUUUCAAUUAUUAUCAUUGGGUUAAUUUUGAAUAAUUUUUAUUAUAGGGUAAUUAAUAAAAUUUGUUUAUCUGUUAUUAUUGUUAUUGAUUUUUACUGUAAUGAUCAAUAUAUGUAAUCAGUCUUU